AUGGGGACCGUCAUUGUGACCACACCUGAACAUUUGGAUAGUGGACACCCAUACCGGACACAGCCACUGCCAUGGCCCCUUAUGCCACCCUUUUUACUCUCCUGGAUGCAAGCCUUGACCCUCGACGACGACUAUGACCACGAGACCCCAAUUCCGGAUCCCAUCGACACACACACAUACAACCGGGACGCCCUGCCUAGUUUGGGGACCGAGUUCCCUACGAGAACACAACCAGUUCCUUCUUCACAUGAAGCCCUGCUGAAUGUAGCAAUUGAUGAAUACAACUACAAUGAAACAGGGCUCAACAGGGAGCCAAACCGCCCCACAACGAUGUCUAAAGAAGCUAAUCUCGACUUCAUGUCUAUCUCACCUGAUGCAGAGGUCCCCUGCGGCCACGCUAAGACCUACGUUGUCGAUGAGGGUAGCACCUUGAUUAGCGAGGAAUUCGUCAACUACGCGGCCAGUACCAACAGCCGCAUCCACCCUGUGUCUACCGGCGAACACGGUGGAAACGGCCGUAUCGAACGCCUUGUCCGAACUACUCGCAAUGCCCUGCAACGAUCUAUUGCCCCAGGUGCACACCAUCUCUGGCGCCAGGAGCACCCACGAUUCCUGGCGAAUUAUAACGCUACGUACUCCUCUACUAUCCAGAACUGUCCUUAUACACUGGUGACCGGUCGAGUCUAUUCGAAUCGGAUCCUGGACGCAGCUCUCGGAUAUCCACAGCCAACAGUCUUCCUUAUGUCAGGAAGCAAUCCCUCACGAUCUGGACGCGGCUCGAGCUGUAUACAAGGCCCGAGCAUCGCAGAAAUCGUAUUCUGA